AUGUACCCGGAGAUCAGCUCAGACUCACAGAGAUAUGACUACAAGGAGGAGUUUGACACAGAUCUGAAGGACUACAAACGGCUUUGUGCGGAAAUGGACGACAUCAACGACCAGCUGAACAAACUGAGCCGGCAGCUGGACACUCUGGAUGACACCUCGGACAGAUACCAGGCUGUGGCAGAGGAGUAUAAUCAACUGAAAGAUCUCAAGCAGACGCCAGAAUACCAGGCGAAAAAGAAACAGUGUCGCAGACUCAGACACAAACUGUUCCACAUCAAACGAAUGGUGAAGAACUACGACAAGAGCCACUCGUGA